UCCUGCUGCUGUUCUUGCAGUUGGCCACCACUCGCUCUGCGCCGGGGAGUGCUUCACCCGCCGCCCGCCCAGCCGGCGUCACCUGCUGCCUGCCCUAACCUGGCCAAGGGCUUGGGCAGGGAAGGAGGAGGAAAGGGCCCAGGCAGGGAGCCGCCUCUUUGACGUCGGGAUUGGGAACCUGCUGGGCCAGGAAGAGGAGGAGGGCUGGGAGCCAUGGACUGGUGGUAGCCAAAGCAAAGCCCUCCUGAGCCCCCUUGGCUUGGCUGGGCUCCUCCACUGCCUCGGCAAGGCAAGGAUGGUAAAAAGUUGAAGUGCCAAACGCCAAAAUGAGUGUGACGUCAUGGUUCCUGGUGAGCAGUGCAGGCAUUCGCCACCGGCUCCCUCGGGAGAUGAUAUUUGUUGGCAGGGAGGACUGUGAACUGAUGCUCCAGUCUCGCAGUGUGGAUAAGCAGCAUGCUGUUAUCAACUAUGACAAGGAAAAAGAUGAGCACUGGGUGAAGGAUUUGGGAAGCUUAAAUGGGACUUUUGUGAAUGACGUACGGAUUCCUGACCAGAAGUACAUCACGCUAAAACUGAACGAUGUGAUCCGCUUCGGCUAUGAUGCUAAUAUGUAUGUGUUAGAACACAUCCAACAUAAAGUCCCAGAAGAAGCACUAAAGCAUGAGAAAUACACCAGCCAACUUCAGAUGAGUUUUAAAGGCCCAGCAGUGAAAAGGGCAGAGCAGCCGAUGGAACAUGGUGGAGACGCUGACUCCCUCCAGGCCAAGUUGGAGAAAGGCGACAAGAAAGCUAUUACAGAGACAACAACUACUUACCGUACACCCCUUUAUGGUCAGCCGUCGUGGUGGGGAGAGGAUGAUGCCAAUAAUAAGUUGGAAUCAACAGAUGACAGAAGGCCAGAAGAACAGUAUUCAGAGAGAACAAAAGAUAUAGUCCAACACGAAGAAGAAAUCAAUGGCAAUAUCACUGGCUACAAGGAUUCUCAAGGCGAUGCUCUAUUUGCAUUCCGACGGGAACCUAGCUACUUUGAAAUCCCAACAAAGGAAUUCCAACAGCCAAUGAAGUCUCCAGAAGCACAAGUCCAUGAAAUCCCCACCAAAGACGUUGACACAGCUGUGCUGCCGGUUGUACAGAGCCAUGCUUCAUUUACCAUUGAGUUUGAUGAUUGCACCCCGGGCAAAAUCAAGAUAAAAGAUCACGUCACCAAAUUUUCACUCAGACAGAGACGGAACCUUGGAAAGGAAGCUGGUCAUGUAGAAAUGAUCUCAGCAGAGAACAAAGUGGCAGAUUGGCUGGUCCAGAAUGACCCGAGUCUCAUAAGAAGGCAGUCACCAGGAGAUGAUGUAUACAGUACCAAAAGUGACCUCCCAGUUCAUGUGCGGACUCUGAAGGGAAACAGACAUGAAGAUGGGACCCAGAGUGACUCCGAAGACCCAGUAGCACCCAAACAAGAGAAGGAGACUCCUAGCAAUGAUCAUAUAUCUGAGCAAGCCAGGCUCCAGCGCCAAAUUCGGCGUGACCCGCAGGAGCUGCUGCACAACCAGCAGGCCUUCGUCAUAGAGUUCUUUGAUGAAGACACACCCCGGAAGAAGAGAUCACAGUCUUUCACCCACAGUGGCCAAUCUAGCCAGAAUGAUGUAGAUCCCAUGUUGAAGACCAAAGUUGAGAAACGCAAGAUUAACGUGCCUGCUGAGAAGCCAGGGUGUUCUCUGCCAUCCCAGCAUCUGACCACUGGAGCAUCCAAAGGGCCAACGAACUCAUUCACUACUCCAAGGGCUGGUUCUUUUAAGAGAGAGAAGACAGAGGAGCGAGUCAGUUCGUCUUCAUCCUCCACAUCAAGGAAGAGUCAUGGCAGUGUUGGGCGGAAGUCAAAGAUCUCUCAGGAUUUUGCUGCGGAGUGUUUAAGAGAGAGCUCUCAAUCAGGAAAAGCCAAUGCAGAGAAGCCACCUCCAAUGCCAGCCCCACUCACUCCACGGGUAGUAGUUGCACCACCAACCCCAGAAACAGUCCCUUCGCCAGUUGCGGAUCCCAAGUUGAUCAAAACUAGGAAGCAUGAAGAAGAUGACAGCUUGAGUGAAACGGGCACUUACACCAUUGAGACAGAGUCACAGGAUAAAGAAGUAGAAGAAGCUCGAAAAAUGAUUGAUCAGGUUUUUGGUGUUUUGGAAUCUCCUGAAUUUUCAAGAAUUUCCUCAUCCUUCAGGCCUGUUAUAAAAGGUGAAAAAGAAGAAUUAGGACCCCAUCAUUUGAUUGGCGAGAAUGGUUCAGGCCCAAAGAUGACUAUGAUGCAAGUCAUUGCUUCUAAAGUGGCUAGUGGACAUCAUGCAGACAUGCAGUUACCUUCUUCCUCUCCGGGAGGACAAAAAUGGGUAUCAAGAUGGGCAAGCCUUGCAGAUACUUAUACAGACUCAGGAUCUUCUCCUAGUGUUGGAGAUGCCCACCAGCAGCCCUCUCAGGCUGGAACAGAGAAAGACUCCAGUUUUAGAGCGGGAGACUCUGAGAACUCCAUCGCAGCGCGGGCGAGACGUCUUCUUCCUCAGCUCCCUCCUGGUGACAAAUCUGAAAGCCCAACCCCAACCAUUUUAAUUUGUCAAGAGCCUUAUACAGAAGCAUCGCCAAGGAAUGCUGGUAAUGACCAAGGGGUAGAAAUGUGCGUAGAUCCUACCAGUCGACUGUUAAUUCAGGAAGAUUUGGAUCCCGAUAGCCUUAGUGAUGCAAGCAAAUCUGAUGAUGGCUUUGGCCUAGAAAAAGGCAGGAAAGGCAAAGAUGGCACCAAAAUUUCAGAACAGGCAAGGGCUGAAAAUGCAAAAACCAAAAAUCAUCAGCACACAGUGCCAAGGCUUUCAGGACUGAGAGCAUCAAGUGAUCCACUAUCGACAUGUUUCUAUAUUGGCGAUGAGGAAGAGGAGGUAGGGGUUCCUUCAAAGCUUCCUUCCAGCAUCUCUCCUUCUCGGGUGGACAAAGAGGAGGUUCCUUUCAAAGUUGGAAAGCCGUCCGUGAAAGCAGGGGUUAGCAAUACGUACAUUAGCUCAAAUGGUAAAAUGGUGAUUUCAUUACACCAGGGUCUUCCUCUUCCAGAGCAGGAAGUUGCAGCUACAAAAGAAAUAUCAUCUUUUGUUCGGCAGGAAAGCUUUACCAAAGAGAAAUCAAGCAGCAGUGUUCCUCAGAACAGGUUACCGCAUAUCUCAAGCCACCCUCUACUUAAAGACCUUGAUGUUGCACGUGCAAAUCGUAUGGAUUAUAACCAGGACACCCACCUUCUCCUUAAAGACACUGAAACUGCUCUGGCUGCAUUGGAAGCCAAAAUCCUCUGCCAGACUCACCAGCUUGAUGCUCCUGAAAAUACUUUGGGCCAGUUAGAAGAUUCAUUGUCUGGAGAAUCAGAUGUGGACACAGCCAGUACCGUCAGCUUGGUGAGCGGCAAAAACCUGCCAAGCCAACCUCCAAAGCGUAAGCCUGUGACCAGUUUGCAGAAAGAGAAGUCUUCUGCACCAUCUGUUCAAGACCAGAGUGCUCAACCGAGUGCACGUGAAAGGCUGUCAGAGAAACGGAAAACUGUGCCCCCUGAGACGGGAAACAAAGGUGAAAAUGCGAAACGCUUCCAAGUAAAACGCAGCACAGGAAUGGGUGGGUCUCUAGAUUAUACAGAUGAUGAACGGAGUGGGAGUCUCCCCUAUUCACCAGCAAGUGAAAUAGCUUCCUCUGACCAAGAGCAAACCAUCUCGAGGCCUAUCUCCAGAAAGAAGCCUUUCUCACAGUCCACCAAGGAAGAGAAUAGCAAAGUAACGCCAACAGUACAAAAGAUUCAACAAGUCCUCACUAGGUCAAAUAGUUUAUCUACUCCAAGACCCACAAGGGCCUCAAAACUUCGCCGUGCUCGAUUAGGAGAUACCUCAGAUAAUGAGAGUGCUGAUACAGAGAAAGCAGCAUCUCACCACGAGGGACUAGGAGUGUCAUCCAAGCAACCCGUGGAGACCAAGAAAUUGUCAAGGCUGGACAUCCUUGCCAUGCCAAGGAAACGGGCAGGGUCUUUCACUGUACCAAGUGACUCUGAAAGUGCUCCACCAAGACCAGCGUUCUCUGGGCGCAGUGCAGAGUCGUAUUAUUCCACCCGAAAGCCACCUGUUUCAGAAGCCAGAAAUGCAGCUAGGAAAACGGCAGCAGCAGUAGCUGCUUCAAAGCAGCCUUUUAGCAGGACGCGUUCCAGCAGUGUUAAGUACUCUUCUUCUUCCACUUCGAGGCGGCGACAGCAGGGCUCAGAUUAUACUUCCACUUCCGAGGAGGAGUACGGAUCAAACCAGAGCUCUCCUAAACACAAACGCUCCCAUACUUCAACAGCCACCCAGACGCCCAGAGCCAGAGCCACUGGGCUGAAUAAGCAGAAGCACAGCAACAGCAGAGAAACGGAGGAUGAAGAUUUUGAUGAACACGAUCCCUACAACUUUAUGGCGCAGACAGCAGAGAUUGCGGAAAUAGCCAGGUUAAGCCAGACCUUGGUGAAGGAUGUAGCAAUUCUUGCUCGAGAGAUUCACGAUGUUGCUGGAGAUGGAGAUUCCCAGAGUUCAUCAGGAACGGGACCAAGCACUUCCCAGAGUUCUGUGCCUAACACCCCUGCUUCUACUAUAUCAGCAAGGGAAGAGUUUCACAUGGACCUUUUAUUGCCUCUGGUCCAACACAUACCAGAAGCAAGUCUGAACUACCAGAAGGUGCCUCCAGGGUCAAUGGGAUUCCAUGAUUUUGACCAAAAUAUGAACGACAGCCGAGAAGAGGAUCUCACAAGAAAAACAAGGAUAAGGAACAGGGAAGAGGUAAUCUUUGACAAUUUGAUGCUAAAUCCAGUGUCCCAGUUAUCGCACACUAUCCGAGAAAACACAGAGAACCUGGCAGAGAAAAUGAAAAUCCUGUUCCAGAAUACUGAGCGAACGUGGGAGGAGAUGGAAGCCAAAAUUAAUUCUGAAAAUGAAGUGCCAAUUCUAAAAACCUCGAAUAAGGAAAUAAGCUCGAUUCUGAAGGAGCUACGCAGAGUCCAGAAACAACUUGAAGUUAUAAACGCCAUCAUUGACCCAAGUGGAAACUUGGAUAUCCUUGCCAAUAAUAAAACAUCCUCUGCUAUGCCACAAUCGGCAGCUGCUAAAGUCAGGACUGCUAACAGCAUUUCAGGACCCAUGUUGGAAGCAUUAUCUCCUGUCAAGAAAAGAAAUUAUGCACAGAAAUCAAACUUUGGUUCUAAUAGCCUGCAGGAUGGCACUGUGUUUGUUCCAGAUGGGGAGAAAUACGUCAUCUGAUGGAAUAUUUUCUAGUGCUUAUCCUCUUGUAUGUAAUGUACCGUGGUGUUAGUAUUGUGUAUGAGUGGUUGUGGGCAAGUCUGCGUGGAGCAGUUGUUUAGAUUGCUAACACAUUGCACAAAAGAAAAAAAAGGUACAAUCUAUGGUGGGGGGGGUGAGUGAAAGAUCUCUGUAUAUGCCUUUUGAGAGUGGGGUGGGAAGAAACUAGCACUGUGGAACAGUACAUAUUCAGCAUAGAGGCAGACUCCAAUUUUAAUAGAAAACUAUCAGUGCAUCAUUCCUCCAAUGUGCCAUAGCAAAACUGGCUUUGUAUAUUUUUCACUCCAUACUGCCGAAGCACUACUACGUUCUUGUAUCUAGCUUGUUCAUAGCUACUUGUUUAGUUGUAUAGAGGCUCCAUUUUGAAAAUGUACCUUCUUGCAGGGGGCACUGGGUGGCUGCUGGUGCUGUAUAUUUAUUUUUAAAUAACAAAGCAUUAAAUCAUUCGACCAGAAUUUACUUUUCAUUGUCAGGGUAAGUGACACAGCAAAGGAAGAUUUCUUUUCCAAGAGCAGUGACUUCCAAACCUUUAACAAGGAAAAAACAAAGAUGACAUUGAUUCAUUUUACUUCCAAACAGAUGGCUUUCACUAUUUCACUAGGGACGGGUAAUAAAAUGUGCAGAUGAUGGAGAACCUGUGAAUAAGUUUCCAUCUUUGUUUUUCCUAUGCUCCUUUAGCAGAGAAGUUCCAAAUAUAGAGGUUUAGGGGACACAAAUCAAAGAGUGGUCAGGAUUUUGUCUAACAAGGUUGCCAAUCUGAAACCAUUUCAUGGUAUUUGCUGUGUAACAAAGCUUUGAUGUGUUCCUAAUGUCUUUUUAUAAAUAAUAUAGAGAAUAAGAGAAUAAAAAGCAGUGGGCAGUGAUGGAUAGUUGAAACUGUAAUCCCUUUCGAUUCUUCUAAAUGCCACUGAUAUCUUUAAGAACAUAACAGUACAGGCCACUCUUGCAUUCAGAGAGAUCUUGUAUUGAGCAGCGGCAGAAGUGGCAUAGCUCUACGUCCUGCCAGCUCCAGGAUUUUUUGAGGCCUUGGGCAAAGCAUUCUCUAUCAGACCAGGCUUAAACUGCUUGGCUAACAAAGUGUGCACACACCAAGAAUUAUCUCAUGUUCACUCUCGGAUGCCCCAUAUGAAAUGGGAAUAGUGACUCUAUUGAGUCAGUGGUCCCUGUGCUGCUCUGAUGCCCAACUUGGGAUUCUCUGGAGCCAGCCACAGAGCUAGAAGAUACCCAAGCACAAACAUGGCAAUGUACAGUACCUCUACUCUCCACAAUGUAGACUGAAGAUCAUAAACGUUGCCACAGGUUAUGCUGAGAUUCCAGCUAUUGCCUUACAUAGCUUACAUGAAUGUGGGUGCCCAGAGAUCUUGGAAAUAUUAUACUGUAUCUGAUAUUUUCUUAGAUGGGGUUCAUAGUUUCAACCUUGUGUAUUCUCUGUGUUGAUGUCAAUUAACUCAUUCCCUCCAACACUCUACAUACUAUUGUUACUUCAAGUGUUCAUACCAAAAGGAAAUAAAUUUUUGACAUGUGGGUCAGGACACGCAAACAAAGCAAGAAUGAUGGAUCACUGUCAAAGCAAUAGCUUAAGCCUCAUUUCUCUUCUAAUACUGGUGCCACCCUGUUACCAUUGUAUCCAAAUAUGUGACUUCUUUUAGGUUUAAGAGAAUAAAUACAUCAAGCAGGUGAUGCUUAAAUACAGUAUUACUAGUACAACUGUAUGUUUUGAUACAGUUAACACCAAGAUUAAUUUUGCAGUGAUUCUGAGAUGCAUGAUAUUAGGAAUACCAGAUUUUUUUUCCAAUUAAAAGAAACUGUUUUCUAUUUCUAUUUGCCAAAUUAGUGCUGGUUUGUAAGGGGGUGGGUGGGAAUGAAAAGUUCAUCUGCUGGAACUGCUUGGUUUUGCCCGCUGACAAAGUGAAAAGUGCAUUUUAUAAAAUACCUCUUGUUCCGAAGUAGUUAUUGGAAAGAGAGAGAGAGA